GGGCAGGGUUGCCAAGGUGCCUGCCACACACACACACCCGGGCAGAGCCGGGCAAGGAAGGACAGUCCAGGCGUCUCUGGCGGUAUCCUGUCCUGCUACUACUCAGCAGACUUUUUGGGAAAGAUGGCAUCUUCUCCUCCGGUGCCCAGCUCGGUCCAAGACCAGCCUGGGACCCAACGGGGGUCCCCUCAAACUGAAAUCCAAAGCCUGCUAAAAGCCGGAAUAACCCUCUUCCAUGAUAACCAAGACCCCCGAGCUCUGGCAGCAUUCAAGAAAGCGUUCCUGCUCUCAAGUCGCCUUCCAGAGCCCCACGUGCAGGCCAAAUGCCUCUUCAACCUGGGGGCCGCAUACAUCGCCUCCGGCAAACCCAAGAAAGGCCUCAAAUGCACCUGGAAGGCCAGGAAGAUGGGAGCCAUGGAGGAAGACGGAGACUUCUCCUUCAACAUUGCGGCAGCGUACGAUAACUUGCGAGAAUACGCCAAAGCCGCCAAGUUUUACGAGAAGGCUGUUUGUGAAUACGAGACCCGGAAGACCCCAAACGUUGCCGAUGCCCUGGUCAAGCUCGCUUACUGCUUGGCCAGCACCGGUGACUCUGCCUCAGCCGCUGAGUCCUUCCGCCUUGCCGGCUGGGCUUACCAAGAGGUGCAGCAGCCAGAAGACGCAGCCAUGGCCAUGCGGGAGGCAGCAAAUUACUUCCUGCGGAGCCCGAAGUACCACCCAGAAGACGUGCUCCAGGCCUUGCACGCGUGCAGCCAGCUGUGCGCAGGCAUCGCCGACCUGGAAUUGCUUGGCAAACUGCACAACCACCUGGGGCUGCACUAUGCCGAACUGAAGCACUUUGGCCAAGCGAAGGUGCAUUUCGCCAAAGCCUUGAGACUCUGCCGUGGGGAGAACUUUGCGAUCCGCAAGAGGGCAGUCCUGCUGCAAAACCUGGGAGCCGUCCACAACGCCACGGAGGAGUUCCAGUGGGCACUCAAGUACCACCGCGAGGCAGCCGACGCCUACCGUGCGCUGGGAGAGACGGCAAGCCAGGCCCAGUGCCUCUACAACCUGGCCAAUGCUUACAGCCAGUUGGGGGACUACCACGACGCCCGGCUUCACUAUCAGCAGGCACUGAAGGCCUUUGGGGAGGCAGGUGACCUGUAUGGUGAGGCACAGGGCUGCGAAGGAUUGGGGACCGUCCAUCUCUGCCUGGGCGACUCAGAUCAGGCCACCGGGUAUUACAAACAAGCCCUGACUCUGUUUGGAAAGUCAAAGGAAGCAUCUGACAUCCCCCGAGAGCGAAUCCUGCAGAAAUUGGCUGACGCGGCUAACUAUGGAGAGGCUGCGCAGGGCCGCCGUUCCCCCACUGGUCGUAUUGUUGACUCCGGAGCAGCAGAUGAAGCCGGGUCGCUACAACAGCGGUUUGUGUGCUGCAAGAGACCCAACCAGAUGCCUCCAGAGACAACCUGCAGGGAUCUCUUUGCAGCCAAAAGAAGAAAUCCGGAGGGAGAGCAGCAGUCCUGAGCUCGGAGGCUGGAUCCUGAGGCCUGCCCAGGCUGGGCCCAGAAGAACCACAGCAAAGCCAGAGGCGGCUGCCCCUCUUGGCACCAUCCUCCCUCGCCCUGCACGCUUUGCAUGCGCUACACAUCAGCCCUGUGAGGCGGGCAGGUCAAAGGCGCCACAGGCCCUUCUGCCAUGGCUCAGGCCAAGCUCCGGUUUGGCAGAGGCCACCACAUCUGCCGCUGGGCUUGUCUUCCAAGGCUCCGGAUGACGGCCCGGCUGCACAGGCGUCGGCUUUUUAAUUCAAAGGCUGGCCUGAGAAAGCAGCAGCUGGACUCCCCUGGCCGGGG